AUGGAGGGCCCCCCGUCGCCUUCAGCUUGGGUCAGAGGCCAGCAGUUAGGGCAGGAACGAGGGUCCCCCCAGCCAGGCUUGGCACCUGACAAGGUCAUUCCGUUCGUGAAAAGCCAGAUAGUAGCCCCUACAUUACCACUCCAAGGCGUGCCCGUACCUCGAGGCACUCAAAGCUUGCUGCCGUCAGCUGCCGGGGUCAGCGCACAAGUUGCUGCCGCUGCUGCUCGUUUAUCAGUUGCCAGUGCCGCACUCCAGUCUGCUGCUGCAGAACGGGCUGGCUUACAUCAAGGUCGUCCCAGAGCCCCCCCGGGUUCCCUGGGCCUUACUGGGAAUGUUCUACAGGGCUCUCUGUGGCCACGAGGGGCCCAUGAUGGGGGCCUUAUGGGAUGCCUGCCCGCUUUGUAUGGAGGGAUUGCUGACGAGCCUGCAUUAUUGAGGAGAACCAACAGCAUUGCCCCCGUAUUGGGGGGACUUGUUGAAGCCGGUCUCACCAACGGCCUCCAACUGGGCAGUCCCACGGUAUUACUCCCCUCUUUAGGGCCCCCGCCUGCUGUGCCUGCAGUUGGAAGCAGCCUGCUACGGAGCCCUGUUUCUGUAGGUGGAUCCACUUUUGGCGCGAGAUUCAGCUUGGGGAGUGUGCAGGGGAUCGCUGCAACGGCUGUGCCACCUGCCCCCACUUCACUGGCAGCCAAGUUUCCCUGUACCACAACUGCAUCUCCAGCAGCUGCUGAGGCAGCACCAUCAGCUGCAGCAGGAUCAUCACCAUCAACAGUAGGAGAGAGCUUAGCAUUAGAUGCAAAAUCACAGUCAGCAGCAGUGGUAGCACCAGUAAGUCCCCCUCAAGAGACAGACCUAGGAAGAGUUGAGCAGCUGCUGCGUUGUCUUAGCCGUGGUCUGGUGCCCGCUGCUGACGCAGCCGAGCAGCGAGUAGAGGCUUCACUGGGCGUCCCUUCUUCAUUUCCCAUUGAGUCGGCCUUAGCAUUACGAGAGCCCAAUGCUCCGGAAACAGUUCUAGGCGUCGCUGGGGCUCAUCACAAUGCUGCGCAGCAGCAGUUGGUCGCAGCAGCAGCAGUUGCGGCAACAGUGAGAGGCCCAGGGGGACCCUUUAGUUCUGCGGAGCAAGCUGCAGUCGCGGUAUCCGACGUGAAAAGUGUUCUAGCGCAGCCUCGUGAUAGCCCGUAUGUGCCUGCUUCCACACAAAUGCCAGCGUGUGGAUCAGUAAAUCAGCCAUGCGCGAAGAGGCACACUGCCUUUAUCCCGCUGCAGCAGCAUCAAUUUCUGAAUCACUCGAGGCCGCAACAGCAGCGAAGUACUCUGCAGCGCUACGACGAACAGCAGCGGCAGCAGCCACAGCAAUGGUUGCAGCAGCAUCCAGACCCUGAACAACAAUGCCCGCAGCAGCAGCAGCUGCAGCAGCAGCUGCGACAGCAGCAACAGCAGCAGCUUCAUCUGCUGCAGACACAGAUACAAUUCUUACAGCAGCAACAGCAACAGCAGCACCUGCAGCACAUCCAGCAACAGCAACGGCAACUGCAGUUGCUCAAAGCGGCCCAACGGCAGCAACGCCUGCAGCGUCAGCAGCUGCAGCAGCAGCUGCAGCAACAGCGAGCACAGCAGCAGCUGCAGCAGCAGUACCUGCAACGGCAGUUUCAACAAUUGCAGGCGCAUCAGAGGCAGGAGCGUGCAAUGACGAAAAGGCAGUGCCAUCAGCAGGACCGGUCGGGAGCGCAGCAGGAAGAGCAACAGCCGUUGAUGCAACAUCGACGGCAGGUCGCGUGUCUCGACCCGCAAGAGACUCCACGGGUGCUUAAACGUGCAGCUGGCACACCAGCAGAUGCUGUGGAGGUUGCUGCCGCGUCUGGUAUUCCGAUACCCGCAAUAGAGGAGCCUGCGACAAUUGCGCCUGUUGCUGCUGGGCACGUGACAACAGCGGGGGCUGCCACAUAUGAAGCUGUUGCAACACCUGCUGCUCCCGCAUGUGCUCUCAGAGAGCGGAACUUUUGUACUGCACGUGCAUCGACUGCUGGAACUGCCAGCCCUGCUACACGGGAUGUUUCCGUUGCCCAUAUCACUGGCACUCCUGACUUGUGCACCGCUGACCGUGCUGCUCCAGCUACUGUACCGAUAGCAAAAGAAGUAGCUGCUGCCGAUGUUGAGAGGGGUGUUUGGCAGAAGGGUAGGUUCUGCAGUGCGCCGUGGGGCCGUGGGCUGUGUGACACUUGCUCACGUGGCAGCGCCUGCAGCAGUAACGCCGCCAACAACUCGCAGCAUGAGCUUGGUUGCCAUUGGGAAGCCGGGGAAUGUCAACUUGAGCCCCGCGAGGGAUCAAAGGGGGCCGUGGAAGGCCGGUGGGCUUUGCCAAGAGAAGCUUUGCUGCAUGUUGCGGCUCGUGUUGCCGUUGCACCUGCCUACACCCCGCAAUAUCCCUCUAUAGGCACUCGUGGUAAAGUUAGUAGCAGUUGCGCGCGCUUUGGAGCGGCUGAAAACCGGGGACGCAUCGACAUUGUAGGAUACCCUCAGCAGAUCUCCGCCUCUUUACAGCAGCAAGUCCCCGGUACUAACGCUGUAGUUGAUGCUGCAGAAGCUGGGGACGCGAUAGACUUGGCGAUCCGCCAACUCGACCUAGCAACUUCGGUUCAGGACGCACCAGAAAAAGCAGGAGCGUGUGCUCCAGCACCCGACUCGUGGAAUGCAGAGAAUCAUUGGAAGGAGCUGUUGGUUUUGGCAGAGGGAGCAUCGAAGGCAUUUGCGCGGGACUGCUACGACUGUAUUGUAGCCGAACAAAAGAAGCAAACGCCGCUUCCCUCUUUCGUCGGCGAAUGUCUUCGGCAGCUGAAACAGGAACAAGAGGAGCAAUGUCGAGAAUGCAAAGCAAAGGAGUGCUGCUCCUCAGCAUUUGAGAAUGAUCAUGGAUUAAUCCCUAGAAGAAAAGGCAGCGCAGCAGCAAAGGAAACGGCCGUUUCUUUAGAAGAAAUGCUUGGGAAGGAGGCCCGUCGGCUAGUAUGUAAGCUUGCUGCUGAUGGCGCAGCAACGGCGACAGCAGUCAGAUGUAUACACACUUCCUUGGCUUCACAUCACUCGGUUGCGAGGCACACAGAAGAUACAGCCGCAGCUGUAAACAGCAAUCAGGUGGAAGUGAGAGAACCAGCUGAACAAACGGCAACAGCGCCAACAGCACCAAUAGCGUCCGCAGCAGCAGCUACAAAAAGAGGUCCUCUUGGUGCUCGCCGUUGGGCUAUGCGAAGUACUGGAUGGCCAUACCCGAUCAUGAGUGUCAUUCCCAUUCUCAGUAAGGGCAUUGAGCAUGAGCAGAAGGCGAGACAGCAGCAACAGCAGCAGCGGCAGCGCCUCGCCGAUGACUGCAAAGUGCUAAUCGUGCCGUCUGUGGGCCCUUCCGGGGGAACACCAUACGAGCAGGCUGAGCGGCAAGAGUUCUUCGAUUCUCAUGAGAAGCUCUGCGUGGGAAUUUUAGCUCCCAAGAAAGCCUGCCGGAGUACAUCAGUUUCAGGAUCCUUAACGAUUGCUGAAGGCGAUGCAGCGACGCCCGGCGCAGUUGGAGGACAGGGUGGCAAGACCUGCCAAAUCCCCAACGGAUCAUUUGCUGCUGCCUCAGUUGUUGCUGCUUCGGCUGUCGCGGACAACGCAGCGGCAACACCAUGUGACAAAAGCAUUUCCUUGGCUACUGACAAGGCGCUGGUGCAGGUGCUUCGGCAGUCUCUUACCUCCCCGCAUCAAGCACUGGAACUGUGCUGGUACAUGCAGCAACUCAGAGAGGCAGCAGAAAGCCUUCUGGAGAGAGGCCAGACGGAGCAGCAAACACAAGAGCUUCCAGAUAAGCAACAGCGCAAUCAAGAAGAGUACAAAGAACUGCAACAGGGUAAAAGUGUCGAAGGCGCGGUUUCUGCAUUGCUAGAAGCAGCAGCCAUAGUAGACAGUCGUCUCUCCGUAGGGCUUUCAUCGCUGCAGGGGAGUCUUGACGAAUUAUUUCGCGCAUUUCUUUUGGAAACUCAGAGGGCAUUUCUGCCUCGUUGCUUGUUUUCGCUGCUGCCACCUACUCCAGGUGAGCUUCUGAGGCACUUAAAAACACCUGAGUGCGCCCCUAGGGACCCCGGGCUGCACUUAGGGUUUCCUGCUCGGCAGGCACCGCGCAACAAGAGGGGUCACCCAACGACAGACAAAGCAGUUGCUCUAGCGCGUCGCUACCACGGUGGUAGCAGCAUUGGCAGCAGGUUUGCCCCCAUAGGAGCAGUGGGCUUCCCCCCUGCAAGGAGUAUGCCCGGUGAGUGUGAGCUAGGGAAGCCCCGACGGGGGCCUUCGGGAACAACACCUCCAGGUGCCUGGGGUACGCUGUCCCUUUCACACGUAGUGUAUAGAAGCCUCUUAGGGCCUGCAGCCCCCAAAGGGAAGGGCGUGAAGCGACCGCGGCAAGCUCCAGGGGACUGCAGCAGCAGUGGCUGUUGCAGCAGUCAUAGUAGCAGCCCGCAAGCCACGUGGCAGCAACCCACUCCAGAGGCAACUCCAUGGCUACAGGUUCAGCAGCCGCAUCAAGAGACAGUACAACAACAGCAGCAGCAGCUGCAGCAAGAUCAGCACCACCGGCAAGACAAACCGAGGUACGAACAGUCGGCUCUUUUUGACGCACAGUGGGUCCUGAGCCCAUCGAGCCGUUUCUCUGUUGAUGAUGGUACUAACUGUUGCAGCUGGGAUUCUCCCCAGCAACACGGGCAGUUUGGCGCUGUAGCCAUCCCUCCUCCUGCAUCUGGCACGGGGGCUUCCAACGGGUAG